AUGAAAAGUCGUCCUUUCCUCACUCUCAUCUAUUGCUUCCAAGGGAAGUGCAGCGGUGGCAGACUGGUUAGUGGGCGCGCGCACCGAUCUGAAGACCGAAGUUCGCAUCUCCCAUGGGGUUUUUUGUUUUUUUUCCUUUUUUCAAUGGUUUUUUCCUUUUUUCAAUGUUAUAAACUUAUUCUUUUCGUUUUUUUACCCUAA